AUGAGAGGAAACUAAAUAAAAGGCAAAUAUAAUCACUAAUUUAGAAAAUCAACUAAAAAAUCAAUAAAAUAAAAUAGAUAUACUCUAAGUUUAUACAUAAAUUAUAAUGAAGGAUAGAAUUGUUAACUCGGAAAAUUUAAAUAAUGAAAUAGAUUAGAUAGAGUAACUAAAGAUAAUUAAUUAUUUGAUAUUUUAUUAAGAGAGAGAGAGAGAGAGAUCAAAAAAUAGAAUCACUUAGUGAAAUCAUUUAAUAAUAAGAAUAUCAAAAGGAUAUAGAAAAUGACAAUACUUGGAAGACAAAAUUUAUAUAAAUUAAUAAGGAUUAUCAUAAAUUACUUUAAAAAUAUAAUUAAAAAUAAGCUGAAUUAGAUGCAUUAUUUGUUAGUUAUAGAAGAUUAAGAGAUAUAAAGUGA